AUGGCACAAGCAACAACGCUAACAGAAACGGAUCUCGGUCAUGAGACGUGUCAAGUGGUGACAUCGGCGCUUGUUGAAAGCGUUAAAGGUACCUCGUCCAUUCAGCCGUCCACUCAUAGACAUCAUUCCGAAUUUUGGGACACUUCAGUUGGUCGAUUCAGAUUCACGAUCGCCAACCUGCCACCACAACUACGACUCAUCAAUGCAAUUCUAACGGUUAGAUGCUAG